GAGGCAGUAAACCCGGAACAGGAAGAAAACAACACAGUCACCUGACUUGGCUGUGCGCUUCGGAGUUUGGCAGUUUAAACAUAAUAAUUAAUUAAAUUUAAAACGCAUUAUUAUUAUUUCUAUUAGUUUAAUACAUCAGUGGGUGAACGGAAAUGUUACGACCGAAGGCGCUGACGCAGGUUCUCAGCCAAGCGAACACAAACGGAGUCCAAAGCACACUUUUGCUGAAUAAUGAGGGUUCACUGCUGGCGUACUCUGGGUACGGAGACACUGACGCACGAGUGACGGCCGCCAUCGCCAGCAACAUCUGGGCGGCCUACGACAAGAACGGCCACCAGGCCUUCAACGAAGACAAACUCAAAUUCAUUCUCAUGGACUGUAUGGAAGGACGAGUGGCCAUUACACGAGUAGCUAACUUACUGCUGUGUAUGUACGCCAAAGAGACCGUGGGCUUUGGGAUGCUUAAAGCCAAGGCAGAAGCGCUGGUGCAGUACCUGGAGGAACCGUUAACUCAAGUGGCUGCGUCGUAGUGGAGAUUUGACUGCAGCUCUGCUUCUAUCUGCCUGGAAAAAAAAAACCCAAAACAUCAUGUGACCCAGGUCAUUCAUGGAUGGACUACUGUAGUGGGAGAACUUGUGUGUGCACUUCUCAAGCCACCAUGUUUUUUUCUUACUCGCUCAUUGUAAUCUGACAUUUGCAGACAAAUUUGUGACGAAAAGAGAGAGUUCUGUUUUGUUUCAAACAAAAGAAGUUCUUGGAAACUCCCUCAAAUCAUAAUUUACACAGUAAGUCAUUAUUAUUAAGGUAAAAAAUAUCAGGUUCAUGUUCAUUCUGAGCAGAAUUAGUCGUCCUUGGAAAAACAGUCCACUGUUUCCUCUCUGAUCUAGAUUUCGUUGCAUCUGUGUCUUUAAUGUGAAAUCAGUAGGGAAGUAGUUUACAUGAUUUGUGUUAACUUCAUUAUUAUUCUUUUACAACGCUACAUGCACAAAAACAGCUGCAUUUCCACGAUGCUGCUGUUGAACACGUAUUUAUUUAUUGUUACCUGCCGCACAACCGUUUUACAUCAUCAGCUCUGCUUUGCAAAUAUUCUGUUGAUAAUCAUACUACAAGCAGCUUUGAUUCAUUUACCUUAAAGCCUGAAAUAAAUAAAGUCAUUGAAAACUG